CAGCCUGGAUAUGCACAUAGUGUAGUCUUUCAUUAUUUUAUAGAUUGCAUGGCAGCAGCCUUUAAUUUUUGAAUGCUUUAAUUCUAGUGCAAGUACUGAAAUGACUCACCGGUUAUCUAAAGCAUCAGGUAACUAUACCGAUCUUUAGCUUUGUUCUAUCUUCUUAUCCUUGUUUCUAUCUUCAUUUUCUCAGUGGCAGGCUACAGUGAGUUUAAUUAAUGUUUAGGAAAACAAUAACCCAAAACAAUGUGGGAAGUGUUCCCAAGUGCUCUCACGAAUACAGCCUCUGCAGGCUUUCUCUUGGGAUGGUCAAGGCAUACGGAGGAUAGGUUCUCCAUCUCUUUUCACAGUACCUUCAAACACAACAUAACUUGACCCCAACCUGCCAACAGGCUGCAAUUCUCAGUUGGAAGUGAUACUAUUUUUAAGAAGAGAUGUCUUCUCUCUACCUGCAGUGGUACCUUCGUUUUGGUGGUUGAUCUUUGCCAAGGCAUUGAUCAGCUUAGCUACAUUCUCCCUCCAACAAGGAAUUGCUGUGUGCCACAGAGCAUGGUAUUUAACCACGGUGGGGGGGGGGGUCAGCCCUUCUAGCUAAUCCUAUCAAAGUGCUGAAUUGCAGGGGUUCAGACAAGAAAUCAAUACUCUUUUUCCAUCUGAUUGCCUCGAAGACUAUGUAAAUUAAAUCUGUCUGUCUGUAAAAAAAAGUUACGUCUACACUACAAGAAAUACAGUUGGCAAGUAUGAGCUGCUGCUUGUGCUGCUGGGAAGGAUCUUGCCUGGAUAAUUUUGUUUUCAAUGUAGUUAUUGGUAAGUUCCUCUGAGCUUUGUAAUAGUGAGAUGCAAAUAAUCUAUACAACAAUGACAAUUCUUCUGUUUUCCUCACAAGUUGUGUAUAUCUGCCUGCAGCAGGCUUUGCAAGUUGAUGAGGUGAGUGAAGAUAUAUUGCCACCUGGGAGGCAUCCUUUGUUUUCUAGAGUUCUCUGCCUAUUAAUACUUUUCAUGUGUAUUUUUGUUGCCUUUUUCUUCUUUGACACAUGCUUUUUUGAUUUCCUUUGGUUUUGUUGUGUUUAGGCUUUUUCUGACAUAACGUACUUCUCAAGUACAGACAAGCAUCUCCUUCACCACCAGCAGCUUCUACAGAUUUUAGAGUUUAUUUUUCUAAUAUAGGCCAGAUCACUCAUCCCCAGUUAGUUAGUUUUGUAUUUUUAUUUACUUGAGGAAGUUACCUGUAAGUUCUGCCAAACUUUAACUCAGACUCAGCUGCACUAAGGCUGGAGGAGUGUCAUGGGUUGGGAGACAUGAGAUGUUGUAACAUAUGAUACAAUUGGGAAGACUGUAACUAAAGUUUCUGGUUUAACUCCAAUUUUUUUCUAACACUAGUUUUGGGAAUUGAAAUAAUAAGUAUACAGAGACCCAAAAAAAUGAUGUGAAUACUGUAAAACAUGAUAGAUAAUUUUCAGACUUUUUCUUUAUGCACUCUUAGGUCUGAGAAAGUCAUUUUAAAUCCCAAGUUCUGAAUGAAUACAGACUUCUGGAAUAGUUUUUUGCUCCGAGAUAGAGUGUAGGAUUUUAAAAGUGAAACAGUACAUCUAAUUUGGUUGGUUUUUAGUCUCAUUUUAUUGAUGUGAUGCAAAACAAUACUAGAAGCUACUUUUACCUGAUGUAGUGUACUAGUUUACCACAAGAGUUUAUUAUAUAUGGAGUACCCCAAGAGAAAAUGAGCCUUCUAAAUUCUUCCAACAUCAGUAUGUCAAAGCUGUUUCAGUUUGUUUUAAAUGAAACAGAUAUGGAAUUAUAUAAAUGGGGGAGUUGUAUGUACUCUGAACAGCUUAAAUACUGUGAGAUAAAUGAGUAGAUUUUUGCUAGUUAGCUGUGCAGAUGCUGCAGCCUAUGUGCUGAACUGAUCAGCAUGAGAACUCAGUCCUGUGUGCGGGGCUAUCCACGUUGCUUCCACUUGGUCCUUCCAAAUAGGAAUAUUCAUAUCAGUGAGUGGGAUAUGGUGGAAUUGCCAGCAGCAGUCCAACUGUGUAUAGAAAUUAUGACAUUUUUCAAGUUCUGCCAUUUUUCAUAGUUAUGCAGUUUCUGUUAUAGAAUACAAUUAAUGCCUACAGUGAAGUUGGUGUUUAACAUUUAAGUAGCUCUGAUAUUUGCUAAUGUUUCAUUUUUCUAGCAGCCCUUUUACUGUGGUUAUGCUGCUUAUGUUUUGACUACAGACUACUGGAAUUUGCUUUGAAAAUAUCAGUGUCUGUUUUAUUUGAGGAUUACUUUUGGAGCAGCUUCUUCUAUAAAUCCUGAUUAAGGCAAGAAGAGACUUUCUUGGCUCAUGUCAGUAAAAACUGCAUUGUUGUAGAACAUGCAGGAGAUAAAUAUUUGAGACUGACUGAAAUGUCUAAUUCUGACUUCACUUAGUUUUGAAUGCUCACCUUUUGAUCUUAUCUUCCCCUGUUUGUGCCUACUUUCUGCAGGGACAAAGAAGGUUCCUGUUAUGCUAUUAAGGUUAUGUUGUAUGGGAUUACUGAUUGCCCAUCCUACCUCUGAUAUGUUUAGGACUUUACAACUCACUGCUGAGAGUCAUCCACUUGAUGUAGUGGGAAAUCAAUGAUCUCAGAAAUGCACUGAGCUUCACUGGGUACUUUAUUAGAAAAGCUGAGUUAUACUUGCUGUAUGUUCGUGCUCCCAAACCAUAUGUGAGUUUGCAGUGAAGACUAGGUUCAGGCCUGUAACCAUUAUCCUGAUUUUUCCUAAUCUUAUGUUGAUAUAAAUUCUUGACAAAAUAAUAAAUGCCCGCUAACGCAAUGUGUGUACAAGCAGUGUUAAAUUACAGUGCCUGUGAGAUGAAGGCUGUUACGUAUUUCUAAUUUGCUUAAUUUAAGACUGAAAAUUUUAAUGCUUGUGCUUUUAGAAACUUGUUCUGGAAGUGCAGUAGAGUUACAUCUGGGACAAAGGUCUAAAAGGUUCCAUCCAGUUUGGGUGCUUCAUAAGAUUUGCCACCUGAAGAAAUUCUGGUAAUUGACACCAGUAGUAUUACAAGUGGUGGCUUAUGUGAGGCUACUGUGCCGUGCAGGCGUGUGCUUCUGGGAAAUUGGGCAUUUUUUUUCCCUCCCAGGACUAGGAAAGGAGGAUGAAGAAAAGGCCUACUGCUUUGCCCAAGAAGGGCAGAACAGCAGGUAAUUUGUCUCUAGAAUCUGGCAGAAUUCCCCUAGUGCAUGUUUCCUUGUCUUCUUCAGAGCACUUCUCAGUGCUCAUGCUGUUUUUGGUAGGAUCAUCACUCUCCCCUUCACCUUAGUUGGAGCACCAUGCAGGGAGGGAAGUAUCUGCUUGAAUGUUCAGAGAAGGAUGGAAAGGAAGGGGUGGGAGCCAGUCAGCUUGAGGAAUGGCCACUCAUUUGUUUCCAUUUAUGCUAAGUAUUUAUAGCCCUUCUUAUGUGACCUGUGUACUCAUUUUGCAUUAGAGGAUUGGACAAAAGCAUCGAGCAGUUCUUGGAAGAAGGGUAAGAGGAUCUUAUCAGCUCAGCAAAAUUUAACUUGCUAGGUGUACAAGCUGCCCAAGAUGAAAGUAUGCUCUUCUUUAGGAACAUUAUAUGGAAUAAGAGUCCUGAUGACUCUUUCAUAAGAGAGCUUUUGGCUUGCUCUAUUAAAUAAUUAAAUCUCUCUUCCUGGAGAGGCUUUUCAUCUGUGCCAGCAAAAUGCUUCUGGCUUCUUGUAAGAAGACCGUGAGACUGGGUUCCAGUACGGCGAGGCACGGUUGCUGGUUUUAUAUGGACACAAUUUCUAGAAAUUUAAUUAUAAUCUUUCUAAGAUUAGAAUCUAAAUUUAUUUUACUUUUGGCUAAAAGGGCUUGACAUUUAAUAGGCUGUCUUCAAACUCGUUAACCUUGAUUUCUGUGGUAACCAAAACCAUUGCAUAGUUUUCUUCAGGGAUUCAUUGUACUAAAUAUUUUCAAUUCUAGUGUAAAGUAAUAAGAUCUUAAAGUUGUUCUGAAACCCUGAAUUAUGGGUGUGGACUGGAGACUUGAAGUCUCAGAGGUUUGCAAUCUCUGAGCUUCCAGAGAGCUACCUGGCAGCAAGGAAGGUUUUGUGCAAGUACCUGUAUGCAUUAGUGUCUGCAAAGAACCACUUCAUGUUCCAACAGUCGCACCUUGACUUGCUUUCUAGUUGCAUCUUGCAGCUCAACAUAAACACCAUGGAUAUUACACCUUCUCACAUAGAGAGAUGUAAGAGAGUGAAAAACAGUCUUUGAAGAAUAAAAAAACAAUGGGGUUUAGAGAGCCUGAUGGGUCUUCAUUGUCAUCACAGAAGAUCAAAGAAAACCAUGGAGCUGCUCUUUCUACUCAGAAUUGGAAAUAACAUUCUUAAUUACAGAAGUGAGCAGGUCUGACAGAGUUUUUUCUUCAAAGGGAGGAAUGCUAUGCUUCAUCUUUCAGCCUUUGCACUCUUUGCAGCAUAGCAUUUUUGAAAAAUUACACCUGUCCUCUAAUGGAAGACUUGUAUUUAAAGUUUUCCCAGGCCAGUCUUAUCUCAGCUGGAUAUACUCAGCAUCACGUUGUGUCACCCAUUUCAGCAAGGUGAUCAUAGUGAGCACUCUACUAAAUAGAGAAGAAGAAAAUGUCACCAGGGUGAUGAAGAUUAAUAAUGUGGAGGUGCUGGAAGUUUACUUACUAUAUUGCAAGCUCUUUUUUCUGCUUUUCCACUAGAGAAAUCAGUAUUUGUCUAUCAGCUUUCUGGCUUAAGUGAUGCUCUCAGGGUCCCUAUUUUCCACCAACAACUACAAAAAAUGUGUCUCCACUUAUGAAGCCCUUUUGUGGCUUGUUCCAGUGUAGUCUUAACCUCCUGUGUCCUUGUUUUUAAGCAGUUAACUUUUGUUACCAUUACACCUUGUGUUAGGACUUCAACAUCUUACGUCAGUCAUGGGGGGUGUUUUUGUUUUGGUUUGGUUUUUUUGGGGUUUUUUUGUUUGGUUUUUUUUCUGGGUUUUUUUGUUUGGUUGGUUGGUUUUUGGGUUUUUUUACUCUUUUUUUUAAACCUGUUUGUUCUGGUCUGCAAAUGUGUCUUUCUCACUUAACCAUUUAAAAGCAGAGGCUGUUUUUUCCAUAAUGUAUUUUCCAAUCUUUGACUCGCUAGGGUCAUGAUCUCACACAGGGUUCUGUGUGAGUCAGUCAUGCAUUAUAUGGGGUCAGUGUUCUGGAUGCAUUGUUUAAAGCUAUUUCUGUGCUUAUUUUAAACAGUGUGGUCCCUUUCUGUGGUUCACCAACUUUUGUGGCCAUCUGGUUGGUCAGCCAGAGGCUGUGAAAUGGUGGCUAGAAGGGACGACACGUGUUUUGGUCUUGAGAAGGCCUUGGUUGUGCUGACUGGUGUUACUCCUUUCAAAAGGGACAGUUCAUACUGAGUCUCUGCUGUGAGGAAAGGAAGUGGAGGGAAGAGUAAGUAAGGUGGAGAUGUGAGAGGGCACAAAGCAUAUUGGUGUCAUUUGAGAUGACUGCUGAAAUAUGGUAGAGAUUUGAAGGAAACCUGGCACUGGAGGAAAAAUGGAUGGAACUUGAGGAGGAAUGGAAAGUUGACAUUGGUAUGGAGAUGUGUUGGGUGGCAUGUUUCAGGGUGAUGUGAAGUCUUUUACAUGACCUUUUGUUUGGGACUUUUGUGUUCAUAAGACUAAAAUAAUAUUAUUCCCCUUUUGGUUUUGUGUCCGAAGUGCAAGUGCUCAGCAUAGCAAACGUCUGCAGGCUUCACGUCAGAGCCUUUUAUGCCACAUGCAUCAGCGAUAGGAUGAAACACCUCACUGACAGCUGAACUGCUCCUCCCCUGGCUCUCUGAGGUGGCAGGGAUGGACUGGUGUCAUCAUUUCAGUCAGUCAGGGCUGCAGUGAAGGUACUGCUAGCAUGUAGGUCUGUGAAGGUGAGGGAUGGUACUGUACCUUGAAGUUUGAGUGUGGGGCAUUUUUUUGUUUGGUUUUGCUAUGAUUUUGAGAUAAAAGUGAAUAAGAAUACUAUAGGAAAUAGUUUGUAGUCUCUGGCAUUAAUAAAGAGACAUCUCUGCUUGUUAUUAAACAUACAGAGAAGCUGUGUCUGAGGCCUUUAUAAUGAGCAUAUUUAUAAAAAAAAAGAAGCUUGAAGUUCCAGCUUAUCUGCCCAACUUCAAAAUAUGAUUGAGAGCAUUGACAAAUGCACAUGUGUGGAUGGGUAACUGCUUGCUUACUAAUCACAAUUGGGGCAAUCCAAGAAAUGUCCUCGUGCUGCACAAAAUAAAACUAAGUUUGUUCACACUGAGUGCCAACUCCAAGGCAUUUGUGACUUCCAGAGAAAAGUUUAUGCAGCAAACACUUGGACCGUGUUUUAUUUUCCUCCAUAAAUGAUGAUGAUAAGUGAUGAGUUUGCCACCAAUUGGCAGACUUCCCAUAUACUUGCUAGGAAAGGAAAGAGCUCAGCAAAUAGCUAUUGUGAAAUCAAAGGUUGUUUUCAAAAGAAAAAGAAAAUAACGCUAGAUAAAUUUAUUUGGGAAGGAAAACUGGAAUGUAGAAAAAUUAGUGGAAGAAAAAAUUAUCCCCUUAUCUUUUAAAUUGUGUGAAUGUCAGGAGUACCAUCCAAAAACUGUAAGAUUUUGUUUUAUGUAAACAUAACCAUGGGAUGGUUUAACUUACUUCUAAAAGUCUAAUGAAUGCAUCAAGCCAAGUAAAAUAUUCAUUAGAGUAAUUGGUUCAGUUCAACCUCUCAAGGCUACAGCUUGGAAAUAUACACACUAUUGCCUUUAGAAAUGCAGCAUGUUGAUUCACCAGCCAUUUUUGCUCAACUCAUUUUCAUUCCAUAUGCUUACUAUACUUUGCAAAAUCUAAUUAAGUAACUGAGGUAGCAGUUUGCAAGCAAUAUUUGAUACAUUUUUAAGUCAAAGGUUAAGUGGUAUCCAGAGCAAAACCUGUUCGGUUGCAAGAGGCAUCAAAAAUUUUUAAGAUAUUCUUGUAUUAAAAUAAUUGGAUAUGGAAGUAUUUACACAAGUAAUAAUAAUAUAGGAAAAAGUUAUUUGUUCCAAAAUAGUAAUCUGUUUGUUAAUUCUCUUAGAUAUGCCUAAAUGAAGUGUAUAAUUCAUUAAUGUGCUAGCUAGACAGUUUUCACUGUAGGAAGCUAGUUUUAGUGUCAUAUGAUGAAUUCAUCAUACCCUCAUAGGUUUUCCUCUCUCCUCCCCUCUGUGAUGGGCAUCUGCCUCUGACCAUAUGGUUUUGGAAAAUUUUAAUUGAAAUUCUUCUGUAAAGGAGCUGAGCUAGAGAAAGCCUAACUUGCUUAUAAUUGCUAAAAAUGUUGUAGAGACCUUCUGUUUCCAUGCGGAGGAGCAGGAACUUGAAGCUUAGCACAAGCGGGUAGCUUGUGCCAGGGACAGGCUUUUGCUUUCGAUGAAAGUCUGCCGAAUAUUGGCCAACUUGUGUACCUUUCACAAUUUCUUCAUUUCCAACAGAGACUUGCUGGAGUCUCUUGUGACUGUGUCCUCAUGAAACCUGUGUUCUCUGGGAUCUGAUGAUUCUCUUGUGACUGUGUCCUUAUGAAACCUCUCUUGGCUUCUCUUGCUGGCGCAUCUAUAGAUGGCUCUAUCCUGUCACAGGUCCAGUGCAUGGUCCAGGUGCUCGUGUGCCAUCACCACGGGUGGCAGGGCAGGCUGGUGGAGCUCUGCAUCGUCCUCAGUUGGAGUUUUAGCCAUCUGCCAUUGCCAAAUGUGGGUUCUUGUGAAUGACCACUGACUCUAAAUGUUAGUCCGGCUGUGCAUUCUCCAUAUCUUCCUGACCCAGCAUAUCCUCACGAUGUUUAAAAGCGAGUGUAAAAAUUGCCAUAGACAUUGGCACUCUUUUGGCUGAUCUGCAAAGCCAAGCACAGAGGUUUAGUGAGUAUUGAUUCUGUUGCUGAGACAAAUAGGUGUUUCUUGAAAUUCACCUUUGCAGCUGUUUGUGGGUUCUUCAACUACUGCUGCUACUAUGAUGCUUUAAAAAAGAAAGCAACUCCUGGAAUCAACACCCUGCUGCAAUGGUGUGUUGAGAGUGUGCUGCCAGGGCAGUCCUUGCUGGGGCUGUGGGUGAAUGCCCUUGGAGCCAGCAGCUCUGUGGGAGGAGGCAGAGGCUGGCUGCGGGGAAGCCAUGCUGGAGCUGAACAGGGUGAAGCAGCGAGGGCUCGGGGAGCUGCUGGGCAGAGGGGGGACACACAUGUAGGCUUAGCAGCUUGCAUGGGAGGGAGCCAAAACUGAGAGUCCCAUAGCAACUGAAGCCUGGUUAAUUCCUGUUUCAGGUUUUUUUGGUCAUUUUUUCAAGUGUCAUAUGUGCCUUGAUGGUUUGUGAGUGGGGAUUAGAUUAAAAUAAUUAUUUGAGUCUCUUUGACUUUAUUUUCCUUUGUGUUUGUGCAUCUUUUCUUUUGCUCUAGCAAAUGUGAGCAUUCCCAAUAAUCAGAGGACGAGGGUAAAGACUUUUAUUGGUCUUAUUCCCCUGUUGCUACCUUUGGCAAAAUAACAACAUUUUGGAUCUGAUCAUGUAAUCAUUGUGCAUCUUUUUCACAUGCCUCUUGAACUCUACCAAUUAAGUUUUUAACCCCUGUAUAACUGCCUCUCAUGCCUUUUUUCAUUAAGUACAUAGUUUUAUGGUUUCAAGCAAUAUGGCUGAGAAACUUGGAAUAUUCCACAGUAUUGUAAAGAAACACAUUUUAUAAAAACUGAUGAGCUUCUUAGAUGAUGUAAUCUAAAAAGAAAGACUUAAUAAAACAGGCUUCUUUUAUCAAAACACAAAACUUAAUGUUGACUGAAUAUUGAAUCAAAGAAUAAAAUGUCACCAUUCCUGCAUUUUUUUUUAUUUCUAGCCAUAUAUAGGUUUGAGAAUAUUAUUCUUACAGCCAUGAAGUCGGCUUCCAGCACAGAGCAACUCUUUAUGAGCAAUUUUCACUGGCAGAUUAAGAAAGUUGUGACAUAGCUAUUUACAUAUUGCCAGUAAAUAUGGUCUUGCACUGUUACCACAUUGAGAUCUUGUUCCAUUAAUAAAAUUUUACAUAGUAUCAAAUAUAAUUUUUUGUACCUAAGUAAGUACAAUAGCUAGAAAGUGUUUAUAGACAGCCUUUAAUAUCAUGCUCUUGGACUGUGCCUGAUACUGUAUGGUGCUGGUGAUAAGAGUAAAGAAUUAGGAAAAAUGCCAGUGUGGGCACAGUGGAAUUCAUUAUUGCUGUGGGGUUCAAGAUCUUGCUAGUGUAAUGUUUAUGGAUAUGGUUUAUGUGUAACUUAGUGAAACGUCUUAAAAAUGCAUUGUAGUUUGUGUAUGCAUAAUGCUGUAGCAUUAUGAUAUUUCUGUAAUAUCAGUCAUGAAAAAUGUAUUGUAUCUCACAAGGGAGAGCUGGUGCCACAACUGUUUUUUCUGAUAGUCAGGCUGUGUAUUUUCGUCUUGUCACUGAUGUUUGAAAACCUUUUGGUCAGUGUAGAGCUUAGGUGAUUUUAUGAACCAUGUGGGAACAGGAAACAUCUGAAGAGUUUUUUUCUGUUUGUGCUAAACAGUGAGGAUUAAUUGAAGUGUACUACCAAGGAAGACUAAACAAGUGUCUGUAUCUUUUUUUCAUGAUUUUUCAUAUUUACCUGAUGUUGUAAAUCUCCCAGCAUCUUUCAAGUACACAGUGUUCUCUUGGAUCAUAACAUUCCUUUGUUCUGUGGACUUAUUUAUAGAAUAAGCAUAAGUAAGCGUGUAGGACUUGGUUUUGUUAGUACCCCAUGCAUCUAAGUAGUCUUUGCUCAUGAUAAGUUUUUCCCAAACAAUAUAAAUUGUUUUGCAUAAUGGCAAAAAUUUCCUUGGCAUUUGCACCCUAGCCUCGUGAAAGCUUAGUUAGGACUUUAUGUGCCAAUGCAUGCAGAAGCCUUCUGAUCAUCUGAGUGUCCACCCACGGGUAAAUGUAAAGGACAGAGGGGGUCCUGUUGGCUUCUGUAGGGCUGCUGUGCACUGAAAGCAUGUGCAUAUUGCCUUGCUGGUCUGAGGUCCACGUUGUAGCCUGUGCAGUAAUGCACAAAAGCUGAGAUCUGCUCUGCAUGGUGCUGGCAAUGGGUACAUUCAAAACAAGAAUUCCUACUGGCUGCACAAACAUCUUCGUUUUAUUGUCUCCUUAGAACAGACCUAGCAAACUACGAGUGGUCAGCCUCUCAAAGGGCACACCUACAUAGAUCCUGCUUUUCAGAGAUGGAGGCAAACCCCCUCAUAGGUGAAUCACUCAGCAGAACAACACCACCACCACAAAAACCCAGCCAGGGAUUUUAUGGCGACGCAGCCGGACAAACAGCAGUCCCAGACGUUGAUGCUGCAGGCUGCAAGGUGUGCUCGGCCGGGCUGCAUUUCCGCGGGUGCCUCGGCAGCCCUGUGCUCGGCGAAGGGCUAUAAUUAGAUUAGCAGCCUGCUCAGCAGCGGUGCCAGCCUGCGAGCCUCAGCGAGCAUGUGCUGGAUUCUGCAUGUGCCUCCCGCUUAUUGGCGGCCGGGGUUGCUGCCUGCCGGUUUGAUAGGUUUCCCCAGUAAUCUUUAUGCUGCAUUACAGACAUAGAUACAGAGGUACUGCGUGCAUGCAACGGGAGAGGUGCUCAGCUUGUAGCGUAAAAGAAAGCCCACAGAUGAAAGGCACUGGUCUUUGUUGCAAAGCAUCAGUACUUAAGGACUGCUAGCUGGGAGCAGAGAGAAUACUCUGGAGCAUUACAUUCCCCUGUUUGGAGUGUGGACAAGAGUUUGGCAUUCUGCUUUUACAGAUCGCUGCCGCUCGCUCGUGGAGCGCAGAGGGGACGGCGAGACUCCCACAUCUUUCAGCGAGAAGAAAGGAGCCAGCGGAGCAGACUAACACGGACUUGUGUCGGGUGCCCUUGCCCUACAAAGGCUGCCUUUAAAAGAGAAACGCAGUGCUAUUUAAUGAGCUGUGAGAUGAGGCACUGCUGCUAACGCUCAGAUCCCAGGAUUCAUCGGCUAUUCAUUGUGCUUAAUGUACAUGUUUCUGCACCGUGCAUUUAGGAGAUCCCAGAGAAGAAUCCAAAACGGCUGCGGGGGAAAGACCACCAAACAUGCCUACAGAAACAUUACCGACAGGUAGCAUGGUGAAGCCGGUCAGCCCUGCCGUGACUUUCACAUCUGCCGUUCCUCUCCGCAUCCUGAACAAAGGACCUGACUAUUUUCGCAGGCAGGCGGAGCCUAAUCCAAAAAGACUGAGUGCAGUGGAGAGGCUCGAAGCCGACAAGGCGAAAUACGUCAAGAGCCAGGAGGUCAUCAAUGCCAAGCAGGAGCCUGUGAAGCCAGCGGUGCUGGCGAAGCCGCCGGUCUGUCCUGCAGCCAAGCGAGCACUGGGGAGCCCCACCUUGAAAGUCUUCAGCAACAAUGCAAAGACUGAGAGUGGAGUCCAGAGAGAAAAUCUGAAACUUGAGAUUUUGAAGAACAUCAUCAACAGCUCUGAAGGCUCCAGCUCAGGUUCAGGGCAUAAGCACGGUCCCCGAAAUUGGCCACCCCACAGGGCCGAUUCGACAGAGCUGAACCGACACUCGUUCGCCGAAUCCUUGAAGGUUUACCCCACGCAGGGCCGGAGCAGCCCACAGGAGAGCAGCUCCAAUGUCAGCAGAAGGCUCCUAGAUCAGUCAGCAGAGACUUUCUUGCAUGUCUCUCACAGCUCUUCAGACAUUAGGAAAGUAACUAGUGCAAAGCCCUUAAAAGCAAUACCCUGCAGUAGUUCAGCCCCACCUCUGCCUCCAAAGCCCAAAAUCGCUGCCAUUGCCACCCUGAAAUCUCCAGAGAUUGAGGCAGUGGAGUCUGGAUGCGGAGUUAGUAGAAGACCCUCCCUACAGCGAUCAAAAUCAGACUUAAGCGACAGAUACUUUCGCGUUGACGCAGAUGUUGAACGAUUCUUUAACUACUGCGGACUGGAUCCUGAAGAGCUUGAAAACCUUGGGAUGGAAAACUUUGCAAGGGCUAACUCUGAUAUUAUAUCCCUCAACUUUCGCAGUGCAAGCAUGAUUAGCUCAGACUGUGAACAGUCUCAGGACAGCAACAGUGACCUUAGAAAUGAUGACAGUGCCAAUGACCGUGUGCCAUACGGCAUUUCUGCCAUUGAAAGGAAUGCCAGAAUCAUCAAGUGGUUAUAUAGCAUCAAGCAAGCUAGAGAGUCACAGAAAGUGUCCCAUGUGUGAGAGAGAAAUCCACCAUAGAAAAAAGCAAGGACUGUAUCUUUGUCUGUGAAUAUUCAGUUUGUGAAGGGUUGUGAAGUCUACUUGAAGUCUUGUACCCUUCUCAAAUCUCUUUGUGUUGCUUGUUGUGCAAUGUUUCCAAGUUGCAUGCCUGUCAACAUGUGAGCUGACCUGGCUUCCACUUGAACAGUAACUAACUACAAAGCCUGGCUGAGCAUACACAUUAUCUGCCAAAAGUUUAAGACAAGAAUCUGAUUAGGGCUUCAGUAUAAUCAAAGUGUUUACAUGGAAAGGUUAUAUGACUUCUUUGGUAUUUAUGUGGUUCCUCGUGGAUUUUAUAUAUGUCACUUUUUGUCUUAAUACAGAUAUCGUCAACUGAUGUUACUCGUUUCCAAGUUGAAACAGAAUCCCUUUGGGGGGAAGAAAAGUGGAAUUGGCCGAAAUAUGAGGUUUAGGCAUACAAUGAUAGGCAAAGCAGCCUUAUCUCUUGUAAAAAGUGCAUUAUUGGCACACGAAAGCUGUUUCUAAAAGGCAAAGAAUGCUAUGUUCUUAAAUUAUGUAUCGUUGUUAAACUAUAUAUCCCUACUUGUAGUAAGGCACUGUUCAGUAAAAGUUUAUUUUUCCUAGGUAAGCUCCCUCUGUUUUACAGCAGAAGUAGUCUAGUGAAUCUGCUUGACCUCUCAUAAACUAAAUGAGUCUUGCAUUUGGGUUGGUGUAAGCAUUUUAAUGAUUUUGUAUUAUACCAGUUGGAAAAGCUUAAAGAAGGUUGGACUCAACAGAUGGAAAUGGCGCAGGUGCCAUUUUGUGGGUUUGAUUUUUAUGCAAAGAUUCCUGGUCUUAAACUUUUGACGGGAAUAAUUAGAUCCUAUAGCUGAUAUUGAAUGCCUUUAUUAGUCAAAACACAUCAUGACUACAAACUCCAUGCUGUCUUAAUUUUUUUUGUAGACCUAUUUGAAGAGUUAAUGAACAAAAAUGGAAACACACAGCCAUAUCAAUAUAACGCCUCCUAUUCAGAAGUAAAUACACUCAGUAGCUGAAGUAUAUCUGAAAAAAUGUGAUUAUGUUGUCUUGCAUAUGUUAUAUCUAAGGCUGUGAAAGUUUGUUCCAGCUCUAGGAAAGUGUAGAAACAUGACAGUAUGUAGCUUUUCUUUUCUCUUUUUUUUUUUUUUCCUCUUAAGACGGUUAGUGCUGCGAAUCAGCCUGUUACAAAUCUUUCAACAAUCUGUCUUCCCAGUGGUUUAAUUAACUGUCAUUUCAGCUGACAGUGGUGGUGUGGUAGUGGAGAAGUUGAAAGUACAGUGGUCUCCCUCAUUGUAUUCAUGCUUUGAAGUAAAUUGCAGCACUACCUUAUACUACAUCAGCUAAUAGGAAACUUUUUUAUUGUGUAAAUGCUGUAAGACUUUGUAUAUACUUCAGUUGUUACAAAAUCUUUAAAAGGAAGAGUGUUAUGCUAAUAAAUAGCUCCUGGUGCAGGUAUGGUAGGGUUUUUCUGUUCUUAUUUUCACCCCUCCCAUUCUUAAAACUGUAUCAGGAACUCAAUUGCAGUGUGUUUUAGUGCUGUAGAAGGUCUUGGUUAAACAAUAGUUCCAGUAAAAGGUUUCUUUUACUAAAGUGCUUUUCAGAAUAUAAUUUUUUAUAAAAUAACUAUAGCAGCAUGAUCUGUCUGAAGAACUAGAAGAGAUUUUCAAGACUCCUAAAAUAGCUUGCUUCUUCCUUACCUAGCAAUGUUACUGUUCCUGUUUAUAGCAUCUGUUCGUAAUGAAUCACCGCAGUCUUCUGAAUUAUUCUUCAGUAGUGCUUAUUUAUAUAUUUGAAUAUUAAAGAUGUUUUACAAAGUCGGGUUCUCUCUUUUCUCUGAGAAGCCUGUAGCCCAACUUAUAACAGACAGCUACAGUUAAUGCAGGCAAGACUGGAAGCGGAGCCAUGCAGUCAUUUGUUUCCUAUGGAAUUAUCCUACAUCCAGUUUUAUAUAAUUGUUCUCUAAAUGUUUGUUUAUGGAGGUAGGGAAGCACACAUUCAGUUUCAGCACACAUUCAGCUUCAGGAGGCUACUCUGUGAUUUUUACAGUUGACUUCACAACCUAAGACUUACAACAUUCCUAGCUCAG